AUGGCUACGGUAUUUUUAACCCUAGUUGCUUUAGGUACAAACCCCUCGCUGCGAAGGUUUAAACCUGGGGUCACCUUCGGUGGCUCGAGGCCGAGUCAGUCGUCGCCGUCGCCUACCUCCUCGGGAGAGCAGGCGGAUACGGGACCCUCUCUGGUCUUCGGGGGUGGCGGGAACUUCCUGUCUAAGUAUUCUUCUAUCGAUGUCCCUGCUCCGAAGGCAGCUCUCCGCCGCCGCUCUGCAGAGGCUCCAGGCACCGCCGGGUCAGCUCCUGCACCAGCUCCCGAUCGAGUCAAUGUUCAGCUGAACCAGCAAAUCGUCAACGCGGGCAUGCCCGAGAGGAUUUUGCAGAUUGUUGACGAGAACUUCGACCAGCUGAAUGCGGUCAACCUCAUCACUGCACUUCACCGGUUGGCGGCGAUCUCACUGGCCUCCAAGAAGGCGGGGUUGCGCCGCGAUCCUCGCUUCAAGCGUUUGGUGAACAGGUUGUCGGAGACGAUUCGAAAGACGGAUCCGCAAUUCCUGAAGCCGCAGGACCUCUCCAAUGUUGCCUGGGGCCUCACCAAGCUCGGAAUUCAAAACACAAUGCUUUUCUCGCUGCUAUCGGACCGAAUCCUGGUGCGCCUUGAUGCUUUCCAGCCGGUCAACCUCUCCAUGACGCUGUGGGCUUUUGCCAGGUCGGGCCUCUCCGACGAGCGAUUGCUGCGAGCAGCGGCUCAGGAGGUGAAGAGCCAGAUGAAGCACUUCGAGCCGCAGCAGAUUGCGAACACUACAUGGGCAAUGGCAAAGUGUGGCUUCGUUGACGAGGAACUCUUCGAGCAGGCUGCAGAGCAGUCCAUCCUCCAGCUCAAGAAGUUCCAGCCGAUGAACUUCUCGAUGCUCCUCUACUCCUUUGCUUUGGCCCAACAGCGCCACGAACGACUCUUUGAGGAGGUGGCGAAAAGAUGUACCGUGGACGUUCUGAAGCAUUCGCUGUCCGCAAGAGCCUCAAGGCCAGGUUUUGAUCGGCCAAGGAUAGCUCGGAUAGGCACUGAAGGGCCAAGCUCUGCCGCAGCCGCCCCCCAAAAGGGUUCAGGGCAUAGCGCAAGCGCACGCAUCGCCGUGCCACAGUUUUGCAGCCUAGCCCGUCAUUUAGCCACGGCCAUGGAUGCAGGGCAUGGACCGGACUCAGACGACUACUUCAAAGCGAAUGGUCGGGCCGAGAACUAUGACGUAGAGACUCGCGUCCAGAAGCUGAACUUUCUCUCAACGAGCCGCUCUCCAAGUGCUCAGAAAGACCAGCAAGACAGCCACGACUCGCAAGUUGGGAAGGCCAAGAAGGACAAGAAGAGCAAGCAGGAGCCAGAUGAGGAGGCCCACGUAUUGGGCGCUUGGCUUCAGGACGAGCACGUCCUGGAACUCUUGAAACUCCACUCAGGUGGCAAGAAGAAGAAGGACAACACCGGCAACAUCUACACCACGAGCCAGUCUGAAGUAACGCAGACGCAAGCAAAGGGCAUGGGCAACUGCAAGACGGCCGGAGCAGAAUCAGAAGCGAAGCAGCAUGCUGGCCUACAAACACCUGCAGUGGCAAAUCCGACUGGCGACGUGGCGGAUGGACUUCUCUGCCGCCCCGAAAGCGCUCGCAUGGACGGCGACGUCCUGCCAGAGGGCAAGUCCUCGCUGCUGUCCGGGCUGCCGCUGCCAGAGGUUCUCUUCCCAGAGGACAGCAGCCCCGCACUCGAGAAGCUUGAAGACCAGGCCUUGGUGCUGGCUCCGCUCGACCGAUCCCAUGCUUCCCUCCUCGACGCUGGUGGCGUGGCGUCCCCUUGGUGGGAGGAGGUCUUCCUGCUGCGGGUGGGUGACACUCUGGCUUUACCCAGAGACUUGCAGUUUCCGGGACACCCCGACUGCCAGGCCAUCACCGUUGAGAAAGACUUCCGCUCCGCCUCCCGAGCGCGACUUCUGCGGCUUCUUCCCUCCUCGGCUUCGGUCAUUCUCAAGGCUGCGGAUGUCCGGCAGGAAGCGGCCGUCAUGUCGAUCCUCAGGCGCAUGAACCAGCUCUGGCAGCAGUGCGAAGUCCGCGUGUGUGAAGAGCUCGUUCAAACUGUGACCUAUGACAUCUUCUGUCUCUCUGGGAAGUUUGGUCUUGUUGAGGUAAUACCCGACAGUCGCAACAUGAGGGAGCUAGCCCAGUGCUAUCCUUCCGAGAGACCCCUGCGCGUGCUUCACGCGCUGAAGCAUGACUCCAAGUUGCUCGAUCGACUGGCGGCCUCGACUGUGGCUUAUUUGGUGGCGGGCUAUGCGGUGGGCCUUCGAGACAGCCAUGACGACAACAUCAUGCUUCGAGCUGAUGGCAUGCUCUUCCGGGUGGAUUUCGGUUAUAUCUUCGGUGCUUCGCCGACCUUGGAUGCUCCUCCGACGGUGGUCCCAAACGCUGUGAUUACCGCCCUCGGCUCCAGGUGGAAGGAAGUUGUAGUGGUCUCUGAGAGUGCGCUGAUGGCGAUCUCCGGAGGCACCCACGAACCUCCGGGAUGGGCCUGUCUGCGCGCUGUGCCAGAAAUGGCUCCCUUUCACCACGAGGCCUAUGCCUAUGCGCGGCACCUGUCUCUGGAAGCCUUUCGAGCAGAAGUACGUGCGGCAGAUGAGUGGUCCGUAUCUCGCGCCGCCAAGAACCGCCUUAGGGAAGCUGUUCGCUUCUGGACCUGGAGUGACUCGGAGCCCUCGCCCAAGCAGUCUGAGCGUCGAGGAGGCUCGGAAGGCACUUCGCCAGCUCGGACGUUGCAGCCUGCCGGAGACCGCUUGUCGCCACUCUGCCGGUUGGAGGAGGAAGAGGAGGACAUCGACGACUCACAGCAGUUUUCCAUCAGCCUCUAA